AUGGUAGAUAUAUCAAUAUCAUUUAUUGAACGUUUUUGGAUUUAUUUAAUAUCAAAUUUAGCAUCAAUUAUUUGUUCUAUAUUUGUACUCUAUUAUUUUCUGUUUAAUCGAAAACUUCGUCGAAGUUUACAUAAUCAUGUUAUUAUUGUUCUUCUUAUUAUAAAUUUAAUAACUGAGAUAACAGAUAUUCCAUGGAUAUUGUAUUAUUAUAAAAAUGGUGUUGUUUGGAUAUUUUCACCAUUAUUUUGUCAAUUUUGGAAAUUUAUCGAUGGUUCAACAUAUGUAACAAUAGCAAGACUUGUUGCAUGGACUUCAAUUGAAAGAUAUAUUCUAAUAUAUAAUGACAAUUGGAUGUCUACAAAAAAGAAAAAAAUACUUUUACAUUAUAUGCCUAUAAGUAUUAUUGUUAUCUAUGGAUUUAUUCUAUAUAUAAUUAUUAAUUUCUUUCUUUCUUGUAAUCAUCCAUAUUAUUCUACAAAAAUUUUUUGUGGAUUUUAUAGUUGUGCUUAUGAUAGUAGAGGAUAUUCUAUGUUUGAAUUUAUGACUGGUGGAAUAACAAAUGGAAUUAUAAUUGCUAUAUUUAGUUUGAGUCUUAUUAUUCGUCUAAUAAUACAAAAGCACCGUGUAAAUCAACAAGUUAAAUGGCGUAAACAUCGUAAAAUGGUUAUUCAACUAAUAUCAAUUAUAUUAUUAUUUUAUAUAUUCUAUUUGCCAAAUGUUAUAACAGGAAUUCUCUCUAAUUGUGGUGUUCCAUGGAGUUACACGGAAAAUUUUGUGGCUUAUGGACAAUUUUUUUCUUAUUACAUCCAUUUUCUACUUCCAUUUGUUUGUGCUGGAACAUUACCUAAUCUUAAAAACAAAAUCAAAAAUAUAUUAAGACUUAGCCCAUGUCAUAAACAUAAUACUGUUGAACCAAUUCAAAAUACUAUCCAACGUCGAGCAAUUGAUCAAAAUGAAUAUUUUAACAGGAAUUGUUAA